CAUGAUUCUAUAGUUCAAUUCAACUGUUCUAACUUUCAGUGUUUCAUCAUUUACAUUACCUGAAAACAUCUUCUUAGUUGGUAUCCCUGCAGUUGCUCUGCUAGGCUGAACCAAUUUCAACUGAUGCCUUUAAGAGGGUUCAUGUUUUGUUUCAAAAUAUUAAACAAGACUCUAAGACUUGUGCCAGGGUCCGUCGUGUCGUGCUUGUUCUUUAUUACUAUAACCCUUGUUUUUCUGUUUGAUCAAAGGAAGGAAGGGCUUUGGUUUAAAAAUUUAGAAUUGUGAAGAAGAAAAAUUAUUUACGGGACUAAAAUUUCUCUUCAAUUUAUGUUCGACUUUUAUUACUGAAGGACUUGGAGAUCAGAGAAACGUGAUUUUUAAUUUUUUGGACGUACUGAGCAAAUUACUGUAAAAUCUAUUGUCUCACCCCUUUCAUUAAUAUUUUGGCCUCGUUUAACGAUGGGUGGAAGUUCUAUUGAUGAUGAUUGGGAGCUCACUUCUUCCUCAUCUAAUGAGGUUCGGACAGUAGUCUUAGUUGGGCGAACUGGUAAUGGCAAGAGUGCAACGGGUAAUACCAUUCUCGGAAGGAAGGUCUUCAAGUCAAAGGCAAGCUCUUAUGCUGUUUCCACCACAUGUGAAUUGCAGACAGCAGAACUAGAAGACGGACAACGUGUUAAUGUUAUUGACACCCCAGGAUUAUUUGAUUUGUCUUCUGGAUCUGAGUUUGUUGGAAAGGAAAUUGUCAAAUGCAUUGAUUUAGCUAAGGAUGGGAUCCAUGCUGUCAUUGUGGUGUUCUCGGUUAGAACACGCUUUACUGAGGAAGAAGAAACUGCUCUACGGAGCUUGCAGUCAUUAUUUGGAAGCAAAAUUGUUGAUUACAUGAUUGUGGUCUUCACUGGAGGAGAUGAAUUGGAAGAAAACAAUGAGCGCAUGGAGGAUUAUUUAGGUCGCGGAUGUCCAAAGGCUUUAGAGGAAAUUCUUGGUCUGUGUGAGAAUCGUGUUGUACUUUUUGAUAACAAGACUAAGGAUGAAGGGAAACGUUUUGGACAAGUUCAAAAACUUCUCUAUUUUGUAAACAUUGUUCUAUCACGAAAUGGUGGACGACCUUAUACAGAUGAGUUGUUUACAGAACUGAAGAAGGGAGCAAUGCAGCUGCAUAAGCAACAAAGAAAGGUUGAUUCUUUAAAAGGACAAUAUUCUGAAGAUGUAAUAUCGGAAUUUGAAAAGCAAAUGCAGCAAACAUAUGAUGAUCAAUUAAAGCGAAUUACUGAGAUGGUUGAAUCAAAAUUGAGUGAGGCAACUAUGAAGCUUAAGCAACAGUUAGAUGAAGAGCAAGCUGCAAGACUUAAGGCUGAGGAGAAGGCAAUGUUAGCUCAAAUGAGAUCAGAUGAAGAAAUACGUAAACUGAGAGAACGUCUUGAGAAGGCCCACGAAGAACUUCGCAAGCGAGCUGAAGGUCGUUGUGCCAUUCUUUGACAGUACCUAAUUGGAACUUCAGAGAAUUUAUUUGUUAUUUUUCUCUAGGAUGGUGACAUCAAAUAGCAGUUGCUCUUUCGCGGUGUUAAUACUUUGUACAAGUACCAUGGCAAAUAUGCAAUUACUUUUAUUCCAUGUUUGACAAUCAUAGAUUAUGGGAUUGGUGAAGUUUUCUAAUCUGGUUUUCGUACUUAGUAAUAUUUCAAUGCAAAUUCAGUGUUUUCUGUCGAA